CACCCAGAACACUACAAUACAGAAAGGGACUUCAGCCCAGAACACUACAACCUACAUAGGAAGUUCAACCCAGAACACUACAGCAUUCAUGGGGACUUCAGCCCAGAACACUACAACCUACAUAGGAAGUUCAACCCAGAACACUACAGCAUUCAUGGGGACUUCAGCCCAGAACACUACAACCUACAUAGGAAGUUCAACCCAGAACACUACAAUACAGAAAGGGACUUCAGCACAGAACACUACAAUACAGAAAGGGACUUCAGCCCAGAACACUACAACCUACAUAGGAAGUUCACCCCAGAACACUACAAUACAGAAAGGGACUUCAGCCCAGAACACUACAACCUACAUAGGAAGUUCAACCCAGAACACUACAGCAUUCAUGGGGACUUCAGCCCAGAACACUACAACCUACAUAGGAAGUUCAACCCAGAACACUACAGCAUUCAUGGGGACUUCAGCCCAGAACACUACAACCUACGUAGGAAGUUCAACCCAGAACACUACAGCAUUCAUGGGGACUUCAGCCCAGAACACUACAACCUACAUAGGAAGUUCAACCCAGAACACUACAGCAUUAAUAGGAACUUCAACCCCGAACACUACAGCAUUAAUAGGAACUUCAACCCCGAACACUACAACACUUACAGGGACUUCAGUCCAGAACACUACAGCAUACAUAGGGACUUCAGGCCAGAGCACUACAGCAUACAUAGGGACUUCAACCCCAAACACUACAGCAUACAUUGGGACUUCUGUCCAAAACACUACUGAACACAUAGGGACUUCAGGCCAGAACACUACAGCAUACAUAGGGACAUCGGUCCAAAACACUACAGCAAAUGUAGGGAUUUCAGCCCUGAACACUACAGCAUACAAAGGGACUUCAACCCUGAACACUACAGCACAUACAGGGACUUCAGUCCAGAACACUACAGCAUACAUAGGGACUUCAACCCCAAACACUACAGCAUACAUAGGGACUUCAACCCCAAACACUACAGCAUACAUAGGGACUUCAACCCUGAACACUACAGCACAUACAGGGACUUCAGUCCAGAACACUACAGCAUACAUAGGGACUUCAGUCCAGAACACUACAGCAUACAUAGAGACUUCAACCCCAAACACUACAGCAUACAUAGGGACUUCAACCCCAAACACUACAGCAUACAUAGGGACUUCAACCCUGAACACUACAGCACAUACAGGGACUUCAGUCCAGAACACUACAGCAUACAUAGGGACUUCAACCCUGAACACUACAGCAUACAUAGGGACUUCAGUACAGAACACUACAGCAUACAUAGAGACUUCAACCCCAAACACUACAGCACAUACAGGAGCUUCAGUCCAGAGCACUACUGAACACAUAGAGACUUCGGUCCAGAACACUACAGCAUACAUAGAGACUUCAACUCCAAACACUACAGCAUACAUAGAGACUUCAACCCCAAACACUACAGCAUACAUUGGGACUUCAGUUCAGAACACUACAGCAUACAUAGAGACUUCAACCCUGAACACUACAGCAUACAUAGAGACUUCAACCCUGAACACUACAGCAUACAUAGAGACUUCAACCCCAAACACUACAGCACAUACAGGAGCUUCAGUCCAGAGCACUACUGAACACAUAGAGACUUCGGUCCAGAACACUACAGCAUACAUAGAGACUUCAACCCCAAACACUACAGCAUACAUAGAGACUUCAACCCCAAACACUACAGCAUACAUAGGGACUUCAGUACAGAACACUACAGCAUACAUAGAGACUUCAACCCCAAACACUACAGCAUACAUAGAGACUUCAACCCCAAACACUACAGCAUACAUAGAGACUUCAACCCCAAACACUACAGCAUACAUAGGGACUUCAACCCCAAACACUACAGCAUACAUCGGGACUUCAACCCUGAACACUACAGCAUACAUAGGGACUUCAGCCCCGAACACUACAGAAUACAUAGGGACUUCAGUACAGAACACUACAGCAUACAUAGAGACUUCAACCCCAAACACUACAGCAUACAUAGGGACUUCAGUACAGAACACUACAGCAUACAUAGAGACUUCAACCCCAAACACUACAGCAUACAUAGGGACAUCAGUACAGAACACUACAGCACACAUAGAGACUUCAACCCCAAACACUACAGCAUACAUAGGGACCUCAACCCCAAACACUACAGCACACAUAGAGACUUCAACCCCAAACACUACAGCAUACAUAGAGACUUCAACCCCAAACACUACAGCAUACAUAGAGACUUCAACCCUGAACACUACUGAACACAUAGGGACUUCGGUCCAGAACAUUACACCAUACAUAGAGACUUCAACCCCAAACACUACAGCAUACAUAGGGACCUCAACCCCAAACACUACAGCAUACAUAGAGACUUCAACCCCAAACACUACAGCAUACAUAGAGACUUCAACCCCAAACACUACAGAAUACAUAGGGACUUCAGUACAGAACACUACAGCAUACAUAGAGACUUCAACCCCAAACACUACAGCACAUACAGGAACUUCAGUCCAGAACACUACAGCAUACAUAGGGACUUUAGUUCAGAAUACUACAGCAUUCAUAGAGACUUCGGUCCAGAACACUACAGCAUACAUAGAGACUUCAACCCCAAACACUACAGCACACAUAGAGACUUCAACCCCAAACACUACAGCACACAUAGAGACUUCAACCCCAAACACUACAGCACACAUAGAGACUUCAACCCCAAACACUACAGCAUACAUAGAGACUUCAACCCCAAACAGUACAGCAUACACAGGGACUUCACUCCCGAACAGUACUGUACACAUAGGGACUUCAGUCCAGAACACUACAGCAUACAUAGGAACUUCAACCCUGAACACUACACAUUUCUCAACCGUAACGGCCAGUGUAAUCAGUCAAAAUUCGCACCAAGAAGGAAACAUGAUAUUAAUUCAAGAAAACAUGACAUGGAUUGAAGCUCUGAGUUACUGCAGGAAACAUUAUUUUGAUCUGGUUGACAUUAAGACCAAAAACAUACAGGACCAGGUUGCUCAAAAGGCAAAGAAUGCUACAUCAUCCUAUGUGUGGCUGGGUCUACGCUACACUGUUCAAUUUAAGUUUUGGUUCUGGAUUAGGUCAACGUCUAGCUGUUACCAGAACUGGUUACCAGGAGAAGGACCUCAAAGGGAUUAUGGCAGUGCUGUUAGUGGUGCCAUGGAGGCCACUGGGGGGCAGCAGUGGGUAGGUUUGCCCGAGACAGAAAAACUGAAUUUUAUCUGCAGCACAUGUGCUGGAUGAAUGAGGGCCAGUGCCCCUUAAUGUAAUAAAAAUGUUAACAUUUUCAUUGUGCUGUAUGAAAAAAAUAACACAUUUUUCCUAUACUGACAUGUGCACCCCUUGGUUUAAAAUUCAUGCUGUGUUCAGUUAUACCAUCAAUCCAGUGAACCUUGGGGGCCGUGAUCCUGAUUGUUUUAAUGCUAAGUUAUGACAUCAUAGCUCUGUUGAAAUACAGCUGCCUCCUCUGUUGUUAAUAUUGAAUUUAAUUAGAUAUGAAAACGUUUUUUAAUCUUUGCAUUUAAUGAAUAUGACAUGUUAAUUUUCUACAUGUGUCAUUUACAAGAGCAGGGCACCGGUUAAUCCCUCACCCUCACACAGCCGGCCAAACAAGAGGAAAAAAGGAAAAAGAAAAAAUGUUUCUGUUAAGUAGGCGUGCACAUUCACAUUUAUGGGCAGCAGGAAAAAUGUGGGAAAAUUGAUCAUCUGUGUGCCUUUCAACUUGGGGUUACUAUUUGCA